GUGUGCUGGUCACGUUAUUAUCGCUAUCGUCUAUAUAGCAACGAUUCUGCAUCAGAGCUGCAGUUACGAGAAAAGGAGUCGCGGGUGCGCCGUUUGAGUGAUUUUAAACCUAUACGCUCUGUACAGUGGUAUACAUUUUUAAAGCGCGAGUGUUGUUCUUACGUGUAUCUGAAAAAUCACAUCAACGAUUCAAUAAUUGUAUACAACAGUAUUUUUGUGUGUAUCUAUACUUGGUAUAGUCGCAAAAUAGCUGACAUACCUGCAGGCUGCAGGAGGCAGGUGAAAGCGUCGAGCAGGCAUUCGAUGGUUCGCUCCGUUUUUGUCGUUGUGGUGUGCGCGUCAUCUCGCAUCGCUCUUUCAUUAUUUCGUCGUCAUUGCAAUUAAAUUAUUACCAUGUGCAUACAACAUAUUCAAUACACGACAAUUGAUCUACAUAAGUAUAUUUGUAGCAGCAAUUAAAAAUUACGGCAAAUACCAUUCUACAAUUGAGUAUAAAAGCAUCAACAGCUAGUGUGUGCGAGAGCAGAGCGGUGAAGUUUGUGUGUGUGUGUGUGUACUUUUAGUUCUUUAGUAUAGUGCAGUAUAGCCGUUUUGCUCGGGUAGGUAUAUAAUAAAAGUACAUUCAAUUCCCCUCAUACAUGUAUACCUACCUACCUUACGCGAGAGAACACACAAACGGAGUGAUGCGGGACUUCUGAAUGCUGCUGCCGAUGCUGAUGGUUGAUGGCUCGGCUUUAUACUUAUAAGUAUCCUGCCUGCCUUGGGGAUAUACCUGAAAUCUGGAUACAUACUACCUAUACUCUGGUGCACCGUUGCUACUGUGUAGUACCUAUGCUUUGCGCGAAUUGGUUCCAGGCCGAUGCCGAUCUCCAGUAUAUUGAGCAAUCAGCCGUAGUUAAGUUUAUUUUUCCUGCAUAUACUUACCUACGGUUAAUCAAUUGUUAAUGCACCGGGUGUGACUAGUAACUAUAGUUACCAGGCUGUAUGUAAGUAUGUACCUACUUGAAUUUGUAUACUUAUCACUUAAAAGUGCAGUGAAAUUUGUUAAAUUAUAAGCAUCGGUGAGUGCUGCUGCCUACCGGUCUCUAACUUUACCGUAACCGUGUGUGCAGCAUAUAGGUAUAGGUACAUACGUACAACCGUGACACUGCAACACUUUAAUAUUUUUGCAUUUCGCACCACUCGCGCUCCAGUUGUGUUUUGUGCGUGAUACUUGAUACGUAGUAUGAGUGGAAUGAGCAUUGCAUAGAUUGGUGUUGUUAUUGUUUGUGGAGUUAAUCUGUGUAACUACUACAACGAAAACGACGACGGCCGGCAAUUACGACGAUCUCGGGAGGAAAGUUGGCGCCGCAGGAAGUACAGUGAAAGAGGCUGUUGCUGCUGGUGCUGCGGGCUGGCUCACUCGCCAGUCCAGCAUCGCGGCAUCGAAGAUAAUAAGCCGAGAGGCCCAACGACGGCUGCUACUCCUCACAGGAGCUAGCUAGCAAAGAAGAAUGGCUGCAGAGGCGGCGAGCAAGAAGGCAGAGCGCGAGGCACUGCGAGGCGUCAUCCAACAAUGGAACGCCAACAGGCUGGACCUAUUCGAGCUCUCGGAGCCAAACGAGGAUCUCGAGUUUCACGGGGUCAUGCGCUUUUACUUUCAAGACAGCGGCCAGAAGGUUGCGACCAAGUGCAUAAGAGUCGCCUCAGACGCGACGACGCAGGCUGUCAUCGAGACGCUCAUCGAGAAGUUCCGCCCGGACAUGCGGAUGCUCUCCGUGCCCGAGUACGCCCUCUACGAGAUCCACGAGAAUGGGGAAGAGCGAAAACUCGGGCUGGAGGAGAAGCCACUGCUGGUGCAGCUGAACUGGCACAUCGACGACCGCGAGGGCCGUUUCCUGUUGCGGCGUAUCGACGACAAGACGAACGCCCAAGGGGUCGGCUUCGCCGAGGGCACGAGUUUCCGGCGCAAGCUCAGCAAGCGCGAGAAGAAGCAGAUGAAGAAACAAGAGAAGCUCAGCCGGCUCAAGAGCAUGGGCGCCGAGCAGGACGAGAAUGCCGCGCCCGUCGAUCAGAAUGGCUUCGCCGAAAAACUCUACACCGAACUGCCAGAGACGAGGUUCACGCGCAGCAUCUCGAACCCAGAGGCAGUGAUGAGCCGUCGCCGGCAGCAAAAGCUCGAGCAAAAGCUCAAGCAGUUCCGGAGCAAGGACGGGGGCCCUGAUACCGGUGGCACCCUCAAGAUAUACGGCGAGGCGCUUUGCAAGGACGUGCCCUACAAGACCCUUCUGCUCAGCAUACGUGACACCGCGGCACAGGUAGUCCGCGAGAUGCUCGCCAAGUACGGUCUCGAUAAGGUCGACCCACAACAGUACUGCCUCGUUCAGGUCAGCUCUUUACCAAUAUAA